GGAGAUGAUGCCCGGUAGGCGGGGGCACCAGCUGGCUAGAAGGAAGCGCCUGCAGAAAAUAAUUGGGUUUUACGUUUGCAAACGACGGGCGUCCACGGAUCCGGGCUUUUUAAAAAAGAAAGAAGCAAAAAAACAGGGUUUUCCGGACUGGAAAUAGGGAUUAAGGACUGGAAUUGGUGGGGAAAGGAGGGUGAUCGCUCGUGGGGAGGGGGUUUAGGAUGAUGAAUGGGAGGAUCCAGCGUUUCCGCCAGGUGCUCAGCUCCGCGAUCCACUGGCUUUCUCGCCCGAGUUUCGGGAGUUUGCUGCUGGUCGUGAGUUUGUCUUUGCUCAUGUACCCCUUCCUCCACACGGUCGCCUUACAGCUCCACUCAGCCCUCACAGGGAGCUACAUCUCCGGAACCCAUUCCCUGGCCCUCGUCAACUGCCCUAACGAAGACAUCGCUCGGGAUAUUGCCAGGGCGAUCAUGGAGCGAACCUUGGCCGUUGCUGUGAACAUCCUUCCCAAAACCUCAACAAUGUAUGUUUGGAAAGGCAACAUCGAGCAGGCUACGGAAAUACUUCUGCUGGUGAAAACAAAGACGUCUAAGAUCAAAGAGUUGUCGGACUAUAUCAGGUCCAUUCAUCCUUUUGAGAUUCCAGAAUUGAUCAGCGUGCUGAUUGACCAAGGAAACCCAGCCUAUUUGCAGUGGAUGGAGGAGAGCAUCCCAUAAAAUGAGAUAUUAUCAUCCGGAAGAUGCUUUGAGCCAGAUCUUGUGAAAGUUGAGAUAGAUAACUCUUGCUGAAGACUUUGGUGUGGGUUCCUUCCUCCUUCGCCCAGGUGGGGGCAAGAUGUACCUCACUGUGAAAGCGGGAAACAAUUACGCUUGUCCUCCAGAGCUGCCUUGGGGGUAUGAUCCUGCUCUGUUGGAAUGGUGGUGCCGAGCUCUCUCAAGCUUGCUCGCCCUGUAACGUUCUGCGGGUCGGGCUCGGCAAGGAAAACGGCAGAAUGAGAAUCAAAUCUGAAAAAUCAUCUUUCGCUGUUGCUGCUCAGUUAAAUUCUGCACUGUGCCUUCUAGAAGAAAUGCCAGCCGGGGUGGCCUUGGGCCAGAUGCACAGUCCCAGAGCACCCUCAGAAGCUGGGAAUUGUAAAUAUCUUCUGUGUCUUCUUCUACCUAGAAUAUGCUGGAAAGGAUUCCCAUAAAUCAGAACCAAUCUGAUGGCAUGAAAUUAUGCAUUAUUUCCCUGGUGUGUCCAUUCUACGUGCUGGUGGUCUUAUAGAGCAUUCUGCAUUUCCUGCUUAAUUCCGCAGAAUGCCACUUCAGUAUAAUCCGGGAAAGAGCGAUGCGAGGAACGGAAACUCUACUUUCGGCUCACUUUGAAUUGGAAAUGUAGAGAAUCCCUCUUCGGAAUCCACUUAAGAGCGAGGGGAAGCCCUCUUUUAAUCUGCCGCUCAAUCCCUUAAGCGCUAAAGCUCUGGCAACAUCUGGACUUGGAUUCCGCUACGACAAAGUUAAAGCACCGAAAGGCCUGGCAAAAAUGGAAAGUGUGUGUGUGUUUUUGUGUACAACGUGGCACAAGAAGGUUAAGCCAUUUCAUUUA